AGACGAAAGCUUGUUUUUCUGAAUCUGCCUCCCCCGACUGCUUUCUUUUGUAUCGAAUUACGCGACAAGCUGAACCAAAACUCUCUGUAAAACCUCCUCUCGACUUCAAGCAAGCCCAGCAUCCACAGCCUUCUCAAGCACUAUUAUCUAUAUAUCUCUGCCUCAAGAACUAAAAAGAGCAAACAAUGAGCGCGGCCCAUUCAAACACACAUCAGUCAUCCUUUAGCUCUCGCGGCAAAUUCCCGCGCAGCGGCAACGCCCGCUCUUCGGCAGACGAGUCGAGCGAGUUCAAGGCCCUUCGCAGCAAGUACUCGAGCAGCCUCAAGACGCUUCGCGAAAUGUUCCCAGACUGGUCAGAUGCCGACCUGAUUUACGCCCUUCAGGAAGCCGACGGAAACCUCGAGAUCACUAUUGCACACAUUGCUGAAGGCUUUGCUCCGCAGUGGGGAGAGGUCAAGUCGCGCAAGGAUAAGCGCCAGGCAUACAAGCAGCAGCACGAGGAAAACACCCGGCCCUACGAGAAGAGCUACGUGCCUCGCCCUGCGUCGUUCCGCGGAGGCGUCCGUGGCGGUGCCGCUCGUGGCAGCCGUGGCAGCUACUCGAACGCGGCUGGAUCCACUCGUCCGAAGCCUGCGCAGCCGGAUAGCAAGCCGCAGUCGUCUGGAGAGAGCAACAGUGCCGCUGGAUGGAACAUGGAGCCGUCGUCUUCGGAGCACAAGGAUUCGAGCAGCGGGUGGGACGUCUCUGGUACGCCUGCCAAGCCGUCGAUGCCGGCCACCAAGCCUGCUGCUGCCCCUGCCCCUGCACCCGUUUCCUCGAAGCCUGCACCCAUGUCCUGGGCCAGCAUUGCGAAAAAGGGAGCUAAGCAAGCAGAGAGCCCGCUGCUGCUGAGCCCGAACCCACAGCAGAGGAGACAAAGGAGCUGGAACCCGCAGCAGAGGAGACUCCUGUAGAGACAACGGAGCCAGAGGUCCCCAAGGCCACAGAGGAGGAGACCGAGGAGACUGAGGAGACUGAGACAACAGAAAAUCCCACAUCCGAAUCGCAGCCCGAGCCUGCCCAGG